AUGGCAGUCUGGUUCGAGUUUUCAGCUCACAUGUUUUUUCUAUUGCUGGGUAGUUGUCUUGGAGCUUUGGAGGGUCGGACCGCAAGCCGAAACCCAAGGAGCGUGCAGGGACAGGUCAGAGAUGGUACGGAGUUUGACCGGGACAGCGCAGAUCACGACGUGGUCUCACAGCACAUGCACAGGCUGUAUGAGAAAUACAACCGAGAACUGAACCAACUCGUAGAGGGAAACACUGUCAGGAGUUUCAGAGCCAGCCAAGGUGAGUGUGGAUGUGGAAGGACUAUAGCUGUCUAUGAUGAACAUUGAAAAAAGGGAAAUUCGCAAAUCCAACUUAAUUGUUCAGAUGCUGGACAUAACAUCAUCGCACAUCCAACUUAAUUGUUCAGAUGCUGGACAGAAAAAUGUAUGUAGAUAAAUUAGUGUUAUCCUCAACGCUGAUACGGUUCCUCAUUUCUUGAGACUCACAAAUGAGAGUUGCGGACAUACGGUAUGUCUGUUCUUAGAGAGAGUAAGGAACUUUCCUCGGUGCUGAUGAGAUUGGCACGGGGAGAAACGCAACUUGGAUUGGCUGUGUCUUUUUCGUUUACCAAGUUAUGGUGAUGGUUAUUAUUAUAUAAGAACCCCAUGUUCUGUUAUGUUUUUCAAUAACAUCAAUGUAGGCUAAUGUAGGCUACUGCCGCCCACCUCCCUCCCGUAUUAUUCUAAUUUAGUGUGAUAUGUUACCUUUCAUAUGGUAGGGUACUAGGGGGUAACUAGACCCCCCUAAGAACAAUGUCUAAUUGCUGACACAAAAAAGCAAUGUUUGGGAAAAAUGUGUAUGUGGAUGAAGGUCAUGCUUAGGUAAAUAAACUAUAAAGGGAAAUAAAUGGCUACAGUUUACACUUUUUUAGUUAUUUAAUGAAAUGUUGUUUUUAGAAAAGGGGCGUUUUUUAAAAGUACCUGGGUAACUGCCCCCCCUGUAAUGUGAAUUACAGGGCGGGGCCAGUUACCCAAUGAGGCUAUUUACCCCCUAGUACCCUAUGUAUUCAUUUGUGAAUGUCCAUCACCCAUUUCAUAUGAUAUGUUACCAAUUACAAAUGGUAUUGUAUGUUACGAAUUUGCCUAACAUACAAUAUGUUACGAAAUUUUUAAAAUGUAUGAUAUGUUGCGAAUUCUAGCUAGGUGGCUAUGUGUCUAACGUUAGCUAACUGGCUAAUGUUAGCUAGGCUAGGGGUUAGGGGUUAAGGUCAACCUUUGCCUUGAGUAACCAUCUGUCUUAUAUAACCAUACUAACCAUAACAUAUCAUACUAAUUUGUGUGUCCGGAUUUACAUUUAAUAUGAUAUGUCUAGUCUAUGAGACCAGGCUGCCCAAAUAGGUAGGAUUGUUUUGGAACCGUCUGCCAAUGACUGCUUUUUAGGACAGCACUCAGGGGCAGAUCUGUCUGUGUGGCGUCAGCUGCAGUAUAGCCCUGCUGCCGCUGAAGCACAAAAUGCGCAAGAAUGUGUGUAGGAUUCGCCCCCAAGUCAAGCGCAGCUGCUGCCGGCUGUGAAAACUAUGAGGUAACUAGGAGACGGGGACACCAAUAACGUGCCAUAUCAAGAACGCUCUAUUUCCCUAAAGAGGCCACUGUAUCCUGGGCUGGAGUAUGAAGGCUAUGCUUCAUUGUCCUGUUUAUAGAACAAAACAGACCGACAUUCACUCGAAAUUCUGUUCUAAGAUAGCAUAUCAUAACACAUGUUGUGUUUUUCCUGCAGAAGCCAUGUACUCUAUGGAGAGAUGUUAAGGGAGUUUUGACAACGAAAAUGUGUAUACAAUGGCUUGCGAAAGUAUUCACCCCCUUUGGCAUUUUUCCUAUUUUGUUGCCUUACAACCUGGAAUUAAAAUUGAUUUUGUGGGGGGUUGUAUCAUUUGAUUUACACAACAUGCCUACCACUUUGAAGAAACAAACAAGAAAUAAGACAAAAAAACGGAACACUUGAGCGUGCAUAACUAUUCACCCCCCAAAAAAAUCAAUACUUUGUAGAGCCACCUUUUGAAGAAAUUACAGCUGCAAGUCUCUUGGGAUAUGUCUCUAUAAGCUUGGCAUAUCUAGCCACUGGGAUUUUUGCCCAUUCUUCAAGGCAAAACUGCUCCAGCUCCUUCAAGUUGGAUGGGUUCCGCUGGUGUACAGCAAUCUUUAAAUCAUACCACAGAUUCUCAAUUGGAUUGAGGUCUUGGCUUUGACUAGGCCAUUCCAAUACAUUUAAAUGUUUCCCCUUAAACCACUUGAGUGUUGCUUUAGCAGUAUGCUUAGGGUCAUUGUCCUGCUGGAAGGUGAACCUCCGUCCCAGUCUCAAAUCUCUGGAAGACUGAAACAGGUUUCCCUCAAUAAUUUCCCUGUAUUUAGCGCCAUCCAUCAUUCCUUCAAUUCUGACCAGUUUCCCAGUCCCUGCCGAUGAAAAACAUCCCCACAGCAUGAUGCUGCCACCACCAUGCUUCACUGUGGGGAUGGUGUUCUCGGGGUGAUGAGAGGUGUUGGGUUUGCGCCAGUAUUGCGUUUUCCUUGAUUGCCAAAAAGCUCAAUUUUAGUCUCAUCUGACCAGAGUACCUUCUUCCAUAUGUUUGGGGAGUCUCCCACAUGCCUUUUGGCGAACACCAAGCGUGUUUGCUUAUUUCUUUCUUUAAGCAAUGGCUUUUUUCUGGCCACUCUUCUGUAAAGCCCAGCUCUGUGGCGUGUACGGCUUAAAGUGGUCCUAUGGACAGAUGCUCCAAUCUCCGCUGUGGAGCUUUGCAGCACCUUCAGGGUUAUCUUUGGUCUCUUUGUUGCCUCUCUGAUUAAUGCCUUCCUUGCCUGGUCCGUGAGUUUUGGUGGGCGGCCCUCUCUUGGCAGGUUUGUUGUGGUGCCAUAUUCUUUCAAUUUUUUAAUAAUGGAUUUAAUGGUGCUCCGUGGGAUGUUUAAAGUUUCUGAUAUUUUUUUAUAACCCAACCUUGAUCUGUACUUCUCCACAACUUUGUCCCUGACCUGUUUGGAGAGCUCCUUGGUCUUCAUGGUGCCGCUUGCUUGGUGGUGCCCCUUGCUUAGUGGUGUUGCAGACUCUGGGGCCUUUCAGAACAAGUGUAUAUAUACUGAGAUCAUGUGACAGAUCAUGUGACACUUAGAUUGCACACAGGUGGACUUUACUUAACUAAUUAUGUGACUUCUGAAGGUAAUUGGUUGCACCAGAUCUUAUUUAGGGGCUUCAUAGCAAAGGGGGUGAAUACAUAUGCACGCACCACUUUUCCGUUAUUUAUUUUUUAGAAUUUUCUGAAAAAAGUGAUUUUCUUCAUUUCACUUCACCAAUUUGGACUAUUUUGUGUAUGUCCAUUACAUGAAAUCCAAAUAAAAAUCCAUUUAAAUUACAGGUUGUAAUGCAACAAAAUAGGAAAAUCGCCAAGGGGGAGGAAUACUUUUGCAAGGCACUGUAUCUCUUUAGUCACUCCAAUUCAUCUCUCUCUCUCCCCCCGCCACCCCCCCCCCCCCCCCCCCACACACAUUUUCCUAACUCUUCCCCUUUUUAUACUCUCCUAUAAAAGCCAGAGACUGAUGGGUUCCCUUUCCAGUGUAUGGUUCCACUCAAGGUUUCUUCCCACUAUAGGGAAUCACUGUGCCUCUGCCUGCUCUCUCCUGGGUAACUGUUAAACACAUUCUCUGAAGUAACUGAUUUCUCCCCCUGUAGACUCGUCUGACCAGAAGACGAUGUACCAUCUGAACCUGACAUCUCUCCAGGACUUUGAGAUCAUCCUCUCUGCCACGUUCCACUUCCUGUUCGACUGGCGACCACGGCCAAGCGCCUGGUUCUGCAAACGCUACAAAACCCUGGCCUGUCGAUCUCUACGCCUCCACCCUGCUUCCUCCAUCCACCUCCUGCUUCGCUCUGACCCCUCUGGGUCAGAGAUCAAUCCAGGGUCUCAGGGGUCGUUGCUAGGCAGCGUGACCUUUCAUCCUCACCGCAGAGGGUCGUGGCAGAUGAAGGACGUGACCGCGUCGAUAAAGGAGGCCAGGGAAAAGGGCAGCCAUUUUGUGUCGGUGGAGGUGGACUUUGGGCUGCAGUACCACAGAAAACCAGAGGACACGCUGUCUGGGGCCAGCCUACCUUAUUUGUUGGUGUAUGCUGACGACCAGGAGCUAGAUGAGCCCAACAGUUUGGCACAGACUUUACAGAGGUAUGACCCUGAGGCGGAGGAAGAGUCUCCUCACAGUUCUCUUCUUCACGCUAAACCGGGGUCAAAGGAUCAUGUGAGAAGGGAGGUACCAUCCCUUCCAUACUCCAUCCAGAACAACGAACUGCCAGAGGUGGAGUACAGGCCUAGCGGAUCCAUGAAAGUGGACCCGUUUGAAACUGCCUACCAUGCCCUGAAACACAUCAAGCCCAAGCUUGGGAGGAAGGAGAGGAGGAGGAAGGGGGAAGAAGUGAAAGAUGGAGAGAGGGAUGGAGGGAGUCAAUCACCGGUCCUGAGCUUGGAUGAGAGGACCCCAAAAAAGAGCAGCGAUGGAGGUAGUCGGUCGCAAGACAACAGCGAGGGAAGGAGGGAUGGAAAGAGUGAUAUAGGGAAUGGAAGUAAGUCUCCAAUGCUGAGUUUUGAUGAGCGGACCUUGCGUAAGGCGAGAAGGAGACAGUGGGGCUCGAAGCCCCAGGUUAGGAGCUGUUCUAGGAGGACACUCAGGGUAGACUUUGCAGACAUCGGCUGGAGUGAGUGGGUCCUGGCGCCCAAAGCCUUUGAUGCCUACUACUGCGCUGGCACCUGUGGAUUCCCCAUGGCCAAGGUAAAGACUGUGACAAACCUGUGUCAAAUCUGAACCUGGGUCAAAUCUGGUCUUUAUUAGCGCUCUGAGCUAAAGCCUAGUCCCAAUAAACAUGGUCAAUGUUAGAGAACAAAACAAAGCUACGCUAGAGCAGAGAGGAUAACCUCACACUUACUUUAAAGUGAGCACGACAGCCGAGAAUGUUUUCAUGGUUUCCAAUUCAGAACUGCUCCAUUGCUCAUAGUCUGAUGUUAUGUCUACAACAUUUAGGAAAUAGUAUAAAUCAGCAGAUACAUUACUGGCCAUUGCGGACACACUUAAAUGUACUUAAUUGUACUACUGUAUCAUGUUUUCCUACUUGCACUUUAUUAAAUGAAUGAACCAUUGUGCUUCUAAAUCAUAGACAGCUUUUAUCAAGACCACUUUUCCUUUUUUGAAAUACAGAAUAACCUUAACGGAAUUUUUCCAGUUGAAUUAUUAUCGGCAUUGCCAGUAAAUGUUGUAACCUCUCUCUCUCCCUCUUUCUCUACUUCACCCACCCUUCCAUCUCUCUCCUAGGUGCUGUAUCCCUCUAACCAUGCGACCAUCCAGAGUAUAGUCCGUGCGGUUGGGAUAGUUCCAGGGGUCCCAGAGCCCUGCUGUGUCCCAGAGAAGAUGAGCCCUCUGGGGGUUCUCUACCAUGAUGAGGGGGGUAAUCUGGUGCUCAAGGUCUACCCCAGCAUGUCUGUGGAGAGCUGUGCCUGCAGAUAGGCCCAGAAGACAGAGCGGGAAAAAGCCAGGCAAAACAGGAUGGACUGAAUUUCAAAGUACAAAAAAGGGAAGUAAAAAG